AUGAAAAUCCCCCUAGGCUCUGUACGCCCAUUCAACACGUACAAUAUCCCGUCCAUUAUAAACAACACAAAGGUACACAGCACGUAUAGAGAAAACCGCAAACGAAAUGAAGAUGACUUGAUGAAGAUUUACAACAGAGAGUUGGUGGCAUUUCCAUAUGAUGAAGAAAGAUUUAAUAAGCUUCUAAAUAUUCAUGGGACGGUGAGAAAAAAAAAUGUUGCUGAUUUUUUCUUCAAUCCAAAUAUGUAUAUCAAUGUGAAGAAUUGCAGGGUAAGAAAUGUCACCCCUUCCCAUUUCUCUAUCGAAAAUAUAGAUAAGUGCUUCCUGUUCGAGAAAGAGCACUUGGACGGUUUUUUCCCUGAGGGGCUUGCGGGGGAAUUGCCCAAGGAUAUCUUGAUGCACGGUGGGGGGAGCAGCGAUAGGGAGAGUGGUACGCAAGCCAAAGGAAAGGAAGCUUUCCCCGAUGGUGACUACCAACAUGAUAACCUUGACUUGUUUUUGCGAGAACUGGAAAAGAACCAGAACCACAUUGUGCCAGAUCAACGUUUGAUAAAGAAUGCACAACAGUUGAAGGGAGUAGGAUUGCUGUUCAGAAAAUUGGCGUACGAAAUUGUAGACGAGUUGAAACACUUUGAAGAGAAUUACACACUGUGCAAGCGGAGAGAUUCCUACAAGCUGGAUAGCUAUUUUGCGCAAAGAGGUGAAUGCGCUAGUUACUACGAUGGUGGUGAUGCGAAUGGAGACUCAACUGAAGAAGCCUACAGCAGGGGGAACAACGACGGGAAUGACAGCAGCAACGACAGGAAUGACAGGAACAACUACAAGGGGGUGUCCUACAAAAGUAGAAGCUUCCUAAUAGACGGAAAGAGGGGAACAGGAAAGAGCUGCAUCCUGAACACCAUAGUCCUCUGGGCCAAGUUAAACCAAUGGCUUGUUAUCUUCGUCCCAGAUAUAAAAAAAUACAAAUUCGAUAUUAACACAAUUGUUCGAAGUAAUACAAAUUUGUAUAUUCAGCCAGAACUGAGUAAACAAUUUCUUGAAGACUUAGUAAAAACAAAUAAACCUUUUUUAAAAAAGUUAAAAGUUGAUAAAAGAAUUUUGGAAAAUACGUGUCUAGAUGGAACACAUUUAUUGUACAAUAAAAGAAUUUAUGAUGAGAUUAUCAGAAAAACGAUCGAUGCGGAAAUAGCAAAUGAUGAACAAAAUUAUAAUUCCUUAAGUGAAAGGGAAAAGAAUUUGUACAGGCAAAAAUUGUACAAAUUUUACUAUGACAAUGUAAAGAUACCAAACUUAUUGGAUAAAUUUUCAGUGCCUCCUAAUUUGUUAGAAUUAGCACAUAUUGGAAUAAAUAAUGUGUCAUAUGCCAACCUUUGCAUCUAUGCAUUGUUCGAACAUUUGAAGAAACAAACAGAAUUUCCCCUUCUCAUAGCUGUUGAUCAGUUCAAUUUCAACCUCAGUGUCUCAGAAUAUCUAUCCAUAAAUUUUGAAAAUACAAAAUAUAAUGGGUACAUUCCUACGUACUAUUUUACUAUUCCUAAAUUGCUACUAAAGUGGGACGCCAAUAAAUAUAAAAGGUGUGUUAAAAUUGUUUCCACCUGUUGGGAUAGAGAAAAUAGGAGAAAUUUCAGGCCAGAACUGCUGGGCAUACACAAAAGGGACGUUAAAACCGCUCGUAACUUCACCCUGCGAGAGUUUAAGAAUUACGUUUCCCAUUUGUACAACCAGAACGUCAUAUACAAUUUCGAUGUGAACAAGUUGGAAUACUUCUACAUGCUGACUGGAGGUAAUGGCUUUCAGGCAAGAAAGCUCCUAACCACGUUGUACUGA